GAAGUCGACAUCUACACGGUGAAGGUGGAGGAGCUGACGUUCACGGCGCCCUUCUGCCUGCAGGUGAAGCGCAACGAUUACGUGCACGCGCUGGAAGUCGACAUCUACACGGUGAAGGUGGAGGAGCUGACGUUCACGGCGCCCUUCUGCCUGCAGGUGAAGCGCAACGAUUACGUGCACGCGCUGGUGGCCUACUUCAACAUCGAGUUCACGCGCUGCCACAAGAGGACCGGCUUCUCCACCAGCCCCGAAUCCCCGUACACACACUGGAAGCAGACGGUUUUCUACAUGGAGGAAUACCUGACGGUGAAGAGCGGCGAGGAAAUCUUCGGCACCAUCACCAUGAAACCCAACGCCAAAAACAAC